AUGAGAGACAGCGACGGAGAGGGCGCCGGCGGCGGCGUCUCGCGCUCGCACCCGUCGAACCUCCCGCUGCCGGCGCCGCACUCCGACCCGAACCUCCAGUUCUCGGGGGUUACGGACGAUGAGAUGUCGAACCGGAACAGCAGCUCCUCCGCCACCGGCGGCGCCAGCCCCGGGUACUACUCCGACUACCCGUCCAGCUUCAGUGGCGAGUGCUCGCCGUACAACAUGUCCCCCUGGAACCAGACCAUGGCGUCCCCCUGGUCGCACCACAGCGAGGCCUCCGCCGCCGGCCUCGGCGGCCCGCCCACCAUGGCGCCCGGGACGAGCCUCAUCGGCUCGCUGGUGAGGGAGGAGGGCCACAUCUACUCGCUCGCUGCCAAGGGCGACACGCUCUACACCGGCUCGGACAGCAAGAACAUCCGCGUCUGGCGCAAGCAGAAGGACUCUGGGGGGUUCAAGUCCUCGAGCGGCCUCGUGAAGGCCAUCGUCAUCUCCGGCGAGCGCAUCUUCACCGGGCACCAGGACGGCAAGAUCCGGGUGUGGAAGGUGUCGCCCAAGAACGGCCUGCACAAGCGCGUGGGCAGCCUGCCCCGGCUGCGCGACUUCCUGCGCGGCUCGCUGAACCCGUCCAACUACGUGGAGGUGCGCAAGAACCGGACGGCGCUGUGGAUCCGGCACAGCGACGCCGUGUCGUGCCUGAGCCCAACGGAGCCGGCGCAGGGCCUGCUCUACUCGGGCUCCUGGGACCGAACCUUCAAGGUGUGGCGCAUCAACGACUCCAAGUGCCUCGAGUCCGUGGUGGCGCACGAUGACAACGUCAACGCCGUCGUGGCGGCGUUCGACGGGCUCGUGUUCACGGGCUCGGCGGACGGCACGGUCAAGGUGUGGCGGCGGGAGUUGCAGGGGAAGAGCACCAAGCACUCGGCCGUGCAGACGCUGCUCAAGCAGGAACACGCCGUGAACGCGCUCGCCGUCAGCGCCGUCGCGCCGGUGCUCUACUGCGGAUCCUCCGACGGGCUCGUCAACUUCUGGGAGGGCGACCGCCACCUCGUCCACGGCGGCGUGCUCCGCGGCCACAAGAAGGCCGUGUUCUGCCUCGCCGCCGCCGGCGCGCUCCUGCUCAGCGGCUCCGCCGACAACACCAUCUUCGUGUGGCGGCGCGACGGCGGCAUGCAUUCCUGCCUCUCGGUGCUCACGGGUCACACCGAGCCCAUCAGGUGCAUCGCCGUCGUCGAGGACAACGGCGACAGCAGCGAAUCCAACGCCGGCGGCGGCGGCGCGGCCGGAGGGGGCUCGGCGUCGCGGUGGAUAGUGUACAGCGGCAGCCUCGACAAGUCGAUCAAGGUGUGGCGCGUGACCGACGAGCCGGCGCCGGACGCGCUGCUCCUGGGCCCCGGCGCCGGCGACGGGCCCCAGAUGUUCGACCGGUAUCCCGGCGAUGCCACGUUCGGGGCCAGCGCCUCGACGACGUCGUUCCGCUAAGACGUAUCACUUGGCCAGAAUGCCAUCUUGCAUUGGUGGAGGGAUUACCAGAACAACAUGCUGGAUCGAUACACAUACGUC